GCUCGGUCACACGCCCGCCCGCUCGAGUCCUGAGCGGAUCCUGCCCGCGUCCGCCCCGGGCCCGCGCUACCCCGCACGCCGCCAUGGAGCGCAUCGAGGGGGCGGCCGUAGGCCGCUGCGCAGCCUCGCCCUACCUGCUGCCGCUCACUCUGCACUACCGCCAGAAUGGUACCCAGAAGUCGUGGGACUUCGUGAAGACCCAUGACAGUGUGACCGUUCUCAUGUUCAACUCUUCUCAAAGGAGCCUGGUGUUGGUGAAGCAGUUCCGGCCGGCUGUGUACGCUGGCGAGGUGGAGCGCCUCUCCCCGGGGUCCCUGGCCGCCGUGGACCAGGACAGGCCCCGGGAGCUGCAGCCGGCACUGCCUGGCUCGGCAGGGGUGACAUACGAGCUGUGCGCCGGCCUCGUGGACCAGCCCGGGCUCUCGCUGGAGGAGGUGGCCUGCAAGGAGGCGUGGGAGGAGUGCGGCUACCGCCUGGCGCCCUCUGGCCUGCGCCGGGUCGCCACGUACAAGUCUGGCGUGGGACUGACCAGCUCCAGCCAGACCAUGUUCUACGCAGAGGUGACAGAUGCCCAGCGGGGUGGCCCAGGCGGGGGCCUGGCCGAGGAGGGUGAGCUCAUCGAGGUCGUGCACCUGCCCCUGGGUGGCGCCCGGGCCUUCGCAGAUGACCCCGAUGUUCCCAAGACCCUCGGCGUCAUCUUUGGUAUCUCGUGGUUCCUCAGCCACGUGGCCCCUGGCCUGCGUCCCCAGUGAAACUCCAGGGGGUCUGGACGAGCCCAGUUCUGGACACCUGCCCCGCAAGCCCAAUAAAGGCUGC